AUGGCAAAGGAUAAAUAGGGGGAGAUCGAUGUAGAUAACAUAAUUGAGAGAUUACUCAGUGUCAGAGGGAGCAAGCCAGGAAAAAAUGUAAAUUUGACAGAACCUGAGGUUAGAGGUCUUUGUAUAAAAGCAAGAGACAUUUUCAUCAGCUAGCCUAUAUUAUUGGAAUUAGAGGCACCUCUGAAGAUUUGUGGCGAUGUACACGGUCAAUAUUUCGAUCUUUUGAGAUUAUUUGAGUAUGGUGGUUAUCCUCCUGAGAGCAAUUAUCUUUUUUUGGGGGAUUACGUAGAUAGAGGUAAAUAAUCCUUGGAGACUAUUUGUUUACUGUUGGCAUACAAAAUUAAAUACCCAGAGAACUUUUUCCUUUUGAGAGGUAAUCAUGAAUGUGCAUCCAUCAAUAGAAUCUACGGUUUUUACGAUGAAUGUAAACGUCGAUAUACAAUUAAAUUAUGGAAAACAUUCACAGAUUGCUUUAAUUGUUUACCUGUGGCAGCUCUGAUAGACGAGAAAAUUCUAUGCAUGCAUGGAGGUUUGUCUCCCGAAUUGUCUAAUUUGGAGCAAAUAAGAAGAAUAAUGAGGCCUACUGAUGUUCCAGAUACAGGCCUCCUAUGCGAUUUGCUUUGGUCAGAUCCAGAUAAGGAUGUAUAAGGAUGGGCAGAUAACGAGAGAGGAGUUUCGUAUGUGUUUAGUUAAGAAAUUGUGCAGGUGUUCCUUAAAAAGCAUGAAUUAGAUCUUAUUUGUAGAGCCCAUUAGGUAGUUGAAGAUGGCUAUGAAUUCUUUAGUAAAAGAUAAUUGGUGACUCUGUUUUCAGCUCCAAAUUAUUGUGGUGAGUUUGAUAAUGCAGGUUCUAUGAUGACUGUUGAUGAAUCCCUUAUGUGUUCGUUCCAAAUACUAAAGCCUGCUGAACAAGGUGCUCAAGGUGCAUCACAACAAAACAAACCUCCUAGUGCCAAGUUUGUAAACCUGAUUUAAAUCAGAGAAUUUAUAUAUAAUUUAAAACAACUUAAAUAGACUAAUUAAUCAUUUAUUAUGUUUUCAGACUUGAUCGAUCAGUUCAGAUAAACUUAUCAGAAUAAAUACCUAACACUUCUUGAGUUUUCAAACAUAUUAGAUCAGUAUGCCAGAUUGGAUAUAAGAUGUGAUUUGGAUGAUAAUGUUAAAGAAUAGCUGUAUAAGUUUAUCAAGGAGAAAUAACAAAAUGUGACUUAUUGUGCACUUGAAACUGUCAUUCUUGAAUUCUUAUUACAAUAGGAAGUGAUUCAACCCUAAGCUUAAAUUAAUGUUGACACUCUGGGUAAAUGUGCUCGUCGAUUGCCUUUGGAUAUGUUACAGAACAUCAAUAAUGAUUUUCUUCUGCAAUUCAAAAAUUUCUAUAAGUUGAUCUCCAAUAAGUAUGGCAGUCAUGUUGAUUAUCGUGAGUUAGAAAGGUUGGGUAAGGAAUUGUAGAGAACUAUCAAAAUAAAUUCUGUUGAAAUAAUGAGAUACAUCCAACCAUUUGUGGAUACUCAAUAGAAAGUUAAAAUAGACGAGAUUCUUGAACUUUCCAAUGACCUUGAGAGAUUGAUUAAUGAUCAAAAUAGAAUACAAUCCAAAGGGGUUGAAGGCAGAAAGUCAAACACAAUCGAGUAAUUGGCAGAAGAUUAUCAUUAUUCAAGUGAGGAAGACAAUUAAAAAUAAAUUAAUGUGAUUUCCACUGCAUCAAAUGAUAGGAGAAACUUUACAAAUAUCAUAUAUCAAUAGACCGAUUUAAUUAAAUAGAAGUUUAUUAAUAAAGCAGGUCUUUCCUGUCUAACUGAGAUAAACAAAGCCACUUAAAGCAUCGAAGGAUUGAUUACCAAUUUGAUUAAUGAUAUUGACAUCAAGAAUAAAAAGAUAGAUGAACUGAUUAUUGAAAAGGAAUUGACCUCGGGAUAAUUAUAAUAGUUUGAGCUAGAAAUUCAAAAUAAGGAUUAAUAGAUUCAAAUGUGUUUACAAGAUAAUGAUAUGUUUUAAACUCAAAUUAAUUAAUGUCAAGAUCAGAAUAAAGAUCUAAAAAUACAACUCAACUUUUACAAUGAAGAAUUGAAAAGUAUAACGAGAUUGGAGACAGAAUUGAAGGAAAUGUAAUUAGAUACCAGAAAUCUAAAAGAACAGUUAAAUAAGUUGAAUAAGGAAAAUACUAGAUUGCAAUUGAAUAACAAAUCAUUAAUGGAAAUUAUAGAAGAAUUAGAGACCAAAUCUCAAUAGAAUAAAGAUAUAGAUACUAUUAAGCAAUCCUUAUAACAACAUAAAGAAUAAAUAUGUUAAUUAGAACUCAAAUUAGAUGAUUUAUAGAAACAGAACCAAUAAUUAGAGGAGUUGAAUUUGAGUUAUGAGAAAAUUAAGGAAGGACUUGAAUAAUAGAUAAUAGAAUUGAAAAGAGAAGUAUCUCAUUAUAAAAAGAUGUUUGAAAAUACAAAUAUUGAAAACUAAUAGUUGAGAAGUAGUAUUAUUCCAAGAACAAGUAUGUUCAACUCAUAAUAGAUGAAUGGGGGUGGUCUUGGGAGAUUGAGCAAAAUGUCAAUAGGAGGUGGUAUGACAUCUUCUAAGAUUUAUAUAAUCGGCCGAAAUUCAUCGCAACGAAUGUCUUCGAUCAGACCUAAUCAAUAUGGGAGCACCUUUAAUCCCUUGGAAGAAAUACAAAGCGGGCCUCUGAAGAUUGAGGAAGUUUAGGAUUUGGACAAUUAGAGUCCAGAUUAAUAAAAAGUUCAUAGUAACAAACCAGCUAUGAUAAAUAGUAGGAUGGAUGCAAGAAUCAAUCCAAAAUACGAGAAUAGUAUUGUGGAAGUGAUAAAUGAGGAGAAUGAAGAGAAGGAACAGGUUGGGACAGUUGUAGAGAAGCCAAAAGAGAAUCAACUAUUACAAUAAUUUGAUAAGUUUUGGGGGGGAUUGGGAACCAAGAAUUUAGAGGAAUUGGCUCCGGAUACGCAGUAGAUAAAGAUCGAUGAAAACAUUUUAUAUUAUAGAGACUUUUUGGGGAUUAGAGAUGAUCCCAAGAUUAUGGAAUACUUGAAAUUGGAGAAGAAUAUAUACAAAUCAAUAAUAUAGAGGUGUUUUUCUGAUGGAGUUUAUAGAAUCGAUGCUAAAGGGAAAAAGGCUAGAAGAAUCCUAUUUUUGACAGAACAUACAUUCUAUAUAUUUGAGGGAGAAAAGAAACCAUCUAAAUUGUCAAGAUCAUUUCCAUUAAAAAACAUACAUACUUUGGUUUUUUCAGAGGCUUCACCUGUCAUUUGUUGUAUCAAAGUAGCAGGUUCAGAUGAUUAUUUAAUUGAAACAUUUAAAAGAAGCGAAUUAAAUUCAUUUUUAACUGAAAUAUUUGCAUCCUAAAAGAUUACCUUAUUUAAAGUGGAAUUCUUGGCUUAGUUUAAAAUAAAAAUGAAAGGACUCAAAGAUGAAAUCCCCAUUUCUUAAGUCAUUAAAAAGUAGACAAGUCAAGAUCAAGGAAAGACUCCAACAUUCAGAGUGAGUUCCAAAUAAGGAUUAUACUCGUAGAAUAUGGGGUGGUUGUAGUUAUUCAAAAAGAAAAUGUUCCAAGGUGAUUGGUAAGAAGUCUUUGUGAUUUUAACAAAUGUCGGAUUGGUCUUAUUUAAGAAACCAGGUGAUGCAGAACCUAUACUCUUCGUAUCCUUUGUAGAGGCUGUUGUAAUUAAGAAUCCCCUUUUUGAUACUAGUAAAUAACAUACAAUUAAAGUAACCAUUUUAAUUCCACUUAGAUCCGUUAUGAAAAUUGUGAUUCCGAAUUCGUGUUCAAUGCAACCUCAAGUCUUCUUUUAGAUCAAUGGCAUGAUGCCAUCUAAAAUGCAAUCAUGGAAUAAGUGCGAUAAUAGAAUUAGUAUUUGGUACAUCAGCAACAACAAGUGGUGGAACAUCGAAAUUAAACUAAAUUGGAUCAAUGAAACAAUACUAUUAAAUUGA